AUGAAAAACCACGACGGUUUUACGCUUGAAAACAUUAAUUUUCUCAAAGCAUUUGGUAGAGGAUUAGUGCUACUAAUUCGUGAUAAUAAAAUGAGUGAAAUGACUAAUUCUUCAAGAAGGAAUUUAGUAAUCUUAGAUAUAUUUGUGGUAGAAGCAAUUCAUGAACUCAAUAACAUCUUAAACAUUCAUUCUGCAAUCUUCAACAUGAAGAUCUGA